CUUUGUCCAUUCACUCAUUGUGUAAGCUAUCAAGAAAAAAGAUAGUGAAGAAGUGAUUAAAAAAAAACAUUUUUUAGUGCAAAAAAAAAAAAAUGGUUAGUGUUUCAAGUAUUAAACCUUCAAAAAUUCUAGUGGGAAUUUCUUUGGAUGUUGAAGAAAGUAAAGAACUUCUUUCUUGGGCAAUUAGAGUUUUAGCCAAUCCUAAUGAUACCAUUAUAGCAUUACACAUUGUUGUGGCAACAGAUAAAAGCAAGAGAUUUGGUGAUCAUCAAAGGAAAGAAGAAAGCAAGAAAUGGCAGUCUAUACCAAAAAACCAAACUCAAAUUCGACAGGCAAAAGCAUUUGUUAUUUCUAUGAUGGGAGAGUUUACAGAAACAUGUCAAUCUAAACAGGUAGGUUUGGAGGCAAGACUUGGUUUUAGUUCUAAUGCAGGGAGAGGUCUAAUUAAAGAAGCUAAAAGUAUUCCAGCUGAUUAUCUUCUCAUUGGUGGCAAAAAGAAUAAAACUUGCAGAUAUCCAUUCACAAUUGCAAAGUAUUGUUGUGAAAGAGUUCCAGAUAAUUGUUCACUAGUUGUGGUAGCUAGAAAAACAGGGCAACCACCACGUAACAUUCAAUCCAAUUCAAUUCGCAUCAAAGAAAAUAAUAAGCCUAGUUCAAGAUGGCCUAAAGAAAGUAAUUCUCCUCCUCCAGAAGAGAAGCAAAUUAUUACAAGGCAUUCACCAAGAACUGUACUAAAUGGCUGUGAAGAAGAAAAUAGUUCAAGUUUUGGAGAAAAUUCCAUUACUAAAUCAUCAAUAUCAUCAUCAAUGAUUAGCCAAUUUAAAGAGCAACAAGAUCAAUUGAAGAAGCCAAUGUCUCCGUUGAGGCGAAUUUCGUCUUUUUUACGUUCACCAUUCGAUUCGAGCUCGAGGAAGAAGAGUUCAAGAUUUCAACAUGAGGAAAAAUUACAACAGCCUCCAUUGAAGUGUUUUAGCUAUGAGGAGAUUGCAAGUUCUACUAACUAUUUCCAUCCAGAGAAUUUAGUAGGGCAAGGAGGGUAUUCAGAUGUGUAUAGAGGAGAUCUUGUAGAUGGAAGAACAAUAGCAGUAAAGAGAUUAACAAAGGACAGCAAUGAUAUGAACAAAGAAAAAGAAUUCCUACUGGAAUUAGGUGUAAUUAGCCAUGUUAAUCAUCCAAAUACAGCAAGUUUAUUUGGCUAUUGCCUUGAAAAUGGAUUCUAUCUCAUCUUCAAGUUCUAUCCCAAUGGCACUCUCUCUUCUGCAUUACAUGGAAAAUCAAAUAAAUCACUUGAAUGGCCAAUGAGAUAUAAAAUUGCCCUUGGAAUUGCAAGAGGUUUACAUUAUCUUCACAAAUGUUGUAAACAUCGUAUAAUACAUCGAGAUAUCAAAGCAUCAAAUGUACUACUAGGACCAGACUACGAGCCUCAGAUAUCAGAUUUUGGGCUAGCAAAAUGGCUACCAAAUAAAUGGACACACCAUGCUGUAAUUCCAAUUGAGGGCACAUUUGGGUACUUAGCACCAGAGUAUUUCAUGCAUGGAACUGUGGAUGAGAAAACAGAUAUUUAUGCAUUUGGAGUUCUUCUUCUUGAAAUUAUCACUGGUAGAAGGCCUGUGGACUCAUCAAGACAAAAUCUACUUUUAUGGGCAACACCUUUGAUGGAAGCUGGAAAAUUAAUCGAUUUAGCAGAUCCAAAGUUAGAGGGUGAAUUUGAUAUGGACGAAUUGCAUAAAAUGGUUCUCACAGCUUCUUAUUGUGUAAGACAAUCCUCAGUAUGGCGUCCGUCAACGACCGAGGUGUUAGAGUUGUUGAGAUAUGGAGAUGAUUCUGAGGCAGCAAGGAGUUGGAGAAUACCAAAAUUUACAAGUGAUGAAAUUGAUGAUUACUCAAUGGUUUUUGGAUAUGAUCUUCCUUCUGAUUUAAUUUUGGAAGACCUUUUCUAAUAUCUUUUCUCAUAAUGUAGAAUUACUUUUCUCUUUUUUCUUAGAUUUCCCACUUAAACAUACAUAAUGUUUAGGGUAUUAUGACUUGGGCACAUAUAUUAGGUUUUGGAUUAGCCCUUGUGAAAAAAAUUGGGAACUUGUACCCAAUUGCAAUUGCCAUUUGUAAUAGAUUAAUAAUUAUAGCAUAGAAAAUUUCCAUUAAA